AUGGUGGCUAAUCUGACCCGCCACGGGGCCGAAGCACCCGCACUCCCCGCGCACCCCGCGCCCGCCGGCACCCCUAUAAAACCACCAAUGCAUAGGUUUAUAAAAUAUUUAUUUUUCUUAGAUUGCACGGUAUUGACUACUGCAAAUGCAGUCAGGACCAACGGCUUAACGUAUCUUCAGAAGCACGGAGUAGCUCAAGGUAAUAAUUUUUUGGUCACCCAUCCCGUGACCAACCCUCACAAAAGUUGCUUAACAACUGCGAUCGCGGGCCGCGGCGCUUAUCCACUACGCCACCGAGUUAAUUCAAACAUAAUAAACAAUAAUACAAUUACUAAUUUGCGGAAACCUUUAAUUUUGUUAAUUUGUUUUAUAAGACUAUAUUAA